UAAAAACGACGUCGGCUUAAUCUUCAACACCACAUCUAUACAUACAUUAUACAUACAUAUCCUUCCAAUCCGGCCAACCAGUCUUACAUCAUCCCCACAAGCGCUCGCUCGCUCGCUUGCUUGUGCGCACCUCUCUCUCUCUCUCUCUCUCUCUCUCUCUCUCUCUCUCUCUCACUAUCCAUUUUCAGAUUACUUGGAGGCAAUCAUGACGAGCACUUUGGUUCAGUCAACCUACUUUGCAUCUUCAGUUGCUGUUCAAAGGAAUAUUCAAAAUCUGAAAUCUGAAAAAACCAGAAGAUCAGUAAAGAUGAUGUCUACUUUAAGAACUGUUCCACUAAGAAUGACAAGUUUUUCAGGAUUACGAGGAGCCAAUGCUUUAGAUACUAUGGUAAAUUCUGGCCAGGACUUCCAUUCGAAGGUAGCCGCUGCAACCUCUAUUCGACGUGGAAGAGCCUGUCGAACUGUACCAAAAGCUAUGUUUGAGAGGUUUACGGAGAAGGCAAUUAAAGUCAUUAUGCUUGCACAAGAAGAGGCAAGGCGCCUUGGCCAUAAUUUUGUUGGAACAGAGCAAAUAUUGUUGGGUCUUAUUGGUGAGGGCACCGGUAUUGCUGCUAAAGUGCUCAAGUCGAUGGGUAUCAAUUUGAAAGAUGCGCGUGUAGAGGUAGAGAAGAUCAUUGGUAGGGGUAGUGGGUUUGUUGCUGUAGAAAUACCUUUUACUCCCCGUGCUAAGCGUGUUUUAGAGCUCUCGCUCGAGGAAGCCCGUCAACUAGGUCAUAAUUAUAUUGGAUCUGAGCAUCUGCUGUUGGGUUUGCUGCGUGAGGGCGAAGGUGUAGCAGCACGAGUUUUUGAGAACCUAGGAGCUGACCCAAAUAAUAUUCGUACACAGGUUAUUCGAAUGGUUGGAGAGAGCCAAGAAGCUGGUGCUGUUGUUGGUGGUGGAAGUUCCAACAAUAAGAUGCCUACACUAGAGGAGUAUGGAACUAAUCUGACAAAGCUAGCAGAGGAGGGUAAGCUUGAUCCGGUCGUAGGAAGGCAACCACAAAUUGAACGUGUUACACAAAUAUUGGGUCGGAGGACUAAAAACAAUCCUUGCCUUGUUGGAGAGCCUGGUGUUGGAAAAACAGCUAUUGCAGAAGGCCUGGCUCAAAGGAUUGCUAAUGGCGAUGUUCCAGAAACCUUAGAGGGGAAGAAGGUCAUAACCCUUGACAUGGGCCUCCUUGUUGCUGGAACAAAAUAUCGUGGGGAAUUUGAAGAAAGGCUAAAGAAACUUAUGGAUGAAAUUAAGCAAGCUGAUGAUAUUAUUUUAUUUAUUGAUGAGGUGCACACUCUAAUUGGAGCAGGAGCAGCAGAGGGUGCUAUUGAUGCUGCAAACAUUUUGAAGCCAGCGCUUGCGAGAGGAGAGCUACAGUGUAUUGGGGCCACAACACUUGAUGAAUACAGGAAGCAUAUUGAGAAAGACCCGGCACUGGAGAGGCGGUUUCAGCCAGUCAAGGUGCCCGAGCCUAGUGUAGAUGAAACCAUACAGAUUCUGAAAGGGCUCAGAGAACGAUAUGAGAUUCACCACAAGCUGAGAUAUACUGAUGAAGCUUUAGAAUCAGCUGCGCAACUGUCGUAUCAGUAUAUCAGUGACCGUUUUCUUCCUGACAAAGCAAUUGACUUAAUUGAUGAAGCCGGUUCCAGGGUCCGACUUCGUCACGCACAGCUCCCAGAGGAAGCGAGAGAGCUUGAGAAAGAGCUUAGGCAGAUAACAAAGGAGAAAAAUGAAGCUGUUCGUGGGCAAGACUUCGAAAAGGCUGGAGAGUUGCGUGAUAGAGAAAUGGAUCUGAAGACACAGAUAACUGCCCUUGUGGAGAAAAAUAAAGAGAUGAGCAAGGCAGAGACUGAGACAGGGGAUGAGGGUCCAGUUGUGACAGAAGUGGACAUCCAGCACAUUGUCUCUUCAUGGACAGGCAUACCUGUUGAUAAGGUUUCAACCGAUGAGUCAGAUCGCCUUCUUAAGAUGGAAGAGACACUCCACACAAGAGUUAUCGGUCAGGAUGAAGCCGUCAAAGCUAUCAGCCGUGCAAUCCGUCGUGCCCGAGUUGGGCUGAAGAAUCCUAAUCGGCCAAUUGCCAGCUUUAUAUUUUCUGGUCCAACUGGUGUUGGAAAGUCGGAACUAGCAAAAUCACUGGCUGCCUACUACUUUGGUUCUGAGGAAGCUAUGAUCCGUCUUGACAUGAGUGAAUUCAUGGAGAGACAUACAGUCUCAAAGCUCAUUGGUUCACCCCCGGGAUAUGUUGGUUACACUGAAGGUGGUCAACUAACUGAGGCUGUCAGGCGCAGACCUUAUACCGUUGUUCUCUUUGAUGAAAUUGAGAAGGCGCACCCUGAUGUAUUCAACAUGAUGCUUCAGAUUUUGGAGGAUGGUAGGUUGACAGAUAGCAAAGGACGAACUGUCGACUUCAAGAACACUCUAUUGAUUAUGACAUCGAAUGUUGGAAGCAGUGUAAUUGAGAAGGGAGGCCGCCGCAUAGGAUUUGAUCUUGAUUACGACGAGAAAGAUAGUAGUUACAACCGUAUCAAGAGCCUUGUAACAGAGGAAUUGAAACAGUACUUCAGGCCAGAAUUCUUGAAUAGACUGGAUGAGAUGAUUGUGUUUAGGCAGCUAACCAAGCUUGAGGUCAAGGAGAUAGCAGAUAUUAUGCUCAAGGAAGUCUUUGAGAGGUUGAAAGGCAAAGAAAUUGAACUUCAGGUUACAGAGAGGUUUAGGGAUAGGGUUGUUGACGAAGGAUACAACCCAAGUUACGGGGCAAGGCCCCUGAGAAGAGCCAUAAUGCGCCUUUUGGAAGAUAGCAUGGCUGAGAAGAUGCUUGCAAGAGAGAUCAAAGAGGGUGAUUCAGUGAUUGUUGAUGUUGAUUCUGAUGGCAAUGUGACUGUUCUCAAUGGCAGCAGUGGUGCCCCACCCGAAUCAUUACCAGAGCCGAUAGCAGUGUAGAUGUUUUCUUUUUUGCAUGCAUCUCUGUUUGCACUACUUUGCAUUCACUUGGCUGUGGUCCUUGGUUUCUUUAAAGGGGCUGGCAGUUUAUAGCCUAGAAUCCUGCCCGUCUCAGUAGGUGAGCUUGUUCCAAAGAUGUCUGUUACUCAAAAGACAUUUCAUCUGAUAGUAUAUGCAACUAGUUUUAGAUUUGCGAUAGGAUACAGUGACACUAUGAUUUAAUUGAAGAAUUAUAGUUGUGUAUGAACGAUCAAUUUGGGGGGUUUGCCCCGCGGUCAAAGGUGCAGGGCCAUUGCAUGAAUAAUGCCAAUUUUAUUUCGAAAAAUAUUUGAUUACAAA